UUUGAACAGUUGCCCUUUCCUCGCACACAAGGGAGAUCUCAUUUUGUCUGAAACUGGAUAAAGUUGAAACAAACCACACACCAACGAGAGGGUAUGAUGGCUAAGAAGCCCCCGAAACCAGCCCCUCGCAGGAUCUUCCAAGAAAGGUCAAAGAUUACUGCUCUACCCUUGUACUUUGAAGGUUUUUUAUCAGUUAAGCGGUCAGAAUACCAGGAGUAUAAGCAUUACUGGACAGAGUUGAGAGGAACUACACUUUUCUUUUACACUGACAAAAAAAGUACAACAUAUGUUGACAAGUUAGAUAUAAUAGACCUUACAUGCCUUACUGAUCAGAAUUCAACUGAAAAGAACUGUGUAAAAUUCACCCUUGUUUUGCCAAAAGAGGACGUACAAUUGAAGACAGAGAAUACAGAAAGUGGGGAAGAAUGGAGAGGCUUCAUUCUUACAGUAACAGAGCUGUCAGUUCCCCUACAUGUGUCACUCCUUCCUGGGCAAGUAAUUAGACUGCAUGAAGUUCUAGAGAAAGAAAAGAAAAGGAGGAUUGAGACAGAGCGGACACCAAGCUCAUCUCCAGAAAAAGGGAAGCAACCAGUUGAAGAUUAUGAGGAUGUACUGAACCCUAUGCCAGCAUGUUUUUACUCAGUGUCCCGGAAAGAAGCAACUGAAAUGCUCGAGAAGAAUCCUUCCAUGGGAAAUAUGAUCCUGAGGCCUGGCAGUGACAGCAGAAAUUACUCCAUCACCAUCCGGCAGGAGAUAGACCUGCCAAGAAUCAAGCACUACAAAGUGAUGAGUGCAGGGAAAAACUACACUAUUGAUUUGGAAAAGCCUGUAACACUCCCAAAUCUUUUCAGUGUCAUUGAUUAUUUUGUGAAGGAGACGCGAGGAAAUUUACGACCAUUUAUAUAUUCAACUGAUGAAACCCUUGAGACGAAAGGAUUUCCUGUGACAUCUUUAAAAUAAUUUUUUAAAAGUUGGGGGGAGGCUGGGGAAUCUAAACUUUUUUUUUCUCCAUGGAUGAUAUUGUGUCAGUUAUCUAAUGCUAUGUAACAAACCACCCCUAAAACAUGGUGGUUAUAUCAAUGACCACUUUAUUUACUCACAAUUCUGCACAUCAGCAACUUGGAUUCAAUUCCGUUGGGCAGUUCUUCUGCUAGCAUCUUGAUGUCAUCUGUAGGACUAUAACCAGCUGGUGGCUUGACUGGAGCUGGACGGUCUAAGUUGGCUUCAUUCACACAUCGGGUGCUGGUGGUCACCUGGGCCUGGCUGAACCAUUCUCUUCAUGUGGUCUCUUAUCGUGAAGGUUAGCCCACAUUCUCUCAUGUGAGAACUCAGAGCAUUUAAAGAGAGAAGGAUAGCUGCAUGUCCUUGGGCUAGGAAUUCUUAGUGAUGAGAAUUAAGUAUGGCUCUCUUGGAGCUUUCAUUAUAGGAGAAACUGUGAAUUGAAUAAAUAAUCCCAAGUGUGAUAUAUCUUAUAUACAGGGAUUAUUUUUCUUCCUUUAAAAAAUUUAAUUUGCAUGCAAUAAAAUUAAAUUUUUGGUGUA